AGUAUCUCAAACAGUGCAGUGAUGAACAAUAAAAUUAUUCUAUGUGCUUUGGUAUUGAUUUAUUCCGCGUUCACUUCGAGUGAUCAGCAUGAUGAUUAUCUUAAAGAUCCUCCUGAGUUUUGGAAACCAUGUACAAUACAUUCAAAUGUUGAUGAGAAAUGCUUUGGCAAAAUUCUGGAACAAAUAUUCAAAGUAUGGAAGAAUGGUGUACCUGGAGCAAAAGAAGUUGGAACUUUCGACCCAUUGACAUUAAAAAAGGCACGUUUGUCCACUCAGAGAUUAGGUGAUUUACAAUUCGAGUUCAAAAAUUUAGAAAUUUAUGGUUUAAGUAGUGUAAAUGCAUACAAGAGUAGUGUUGACCCUAAUGAUUAUACCUUCGUGGUUCAUAUGAAAUUCCCUUCGAUGAAACUUGUAAGUGAUUAUAAGUUGAAGGGUCAAAUUUUGGUAUUAGCUCUAGAUGCAGAGGGCGUUACAAAAGCAGACACAAAGGAUUUCGAUAUGGUUAUGACUAUUAAAUCAAAUUUGAAGAAACGCCUUGACGAGUACUUCUUUGAUGUUCUCUCAGUCUCUACUGAAAUAAAGGGCAUAAAGCAUUUUCAAGUGCAUUUUACUAAUCUUUUCCACGGUCAAAAAGAGUUGGAAGAUAGUGCAAAUGCCAUAUUUAAUGAUAAUUGGCCUACUUUAUUCGAAGAGCUACGUCCAGCUGUCGAAAAAAUAUUUGAUACAGUUACAAUAAAACGUUUAACAAAAUUGUUUAAUUAUAUACCAGCUCGAUAUUUUAUAUCUGAUUUAUCAUAAAUAAC